AUGGCCAGGACGGAGAGGAAGGAGUACAGAGCCCGAAGACGGGACGAGGAGAUGACGAGGAAGGCGAUCAAGGUCGUGGAUCUUUUACAGCACGCUGCUGAUCUAGGGAACAUGGACGCGUUGUAUACGCUUGGAAGGAUCACUUUAUUCCCGCCAACUCCGAAUUUUAGAGCUAAUCCUGCACUUGCCUACGAUGCCUUCGAUUCGCAUGCCGCUUCGACGGGAAACGCAACGGCACAAGCACUCGUCGCGUUCAUGCAUGCCACUGGGUACCAUGACGUCGUCCCCGUAGACCAGGCCAAAGCUCAGCUCUACUACACUUUUGCUGCCCAUGGAGGAGAUAAAGGUGCACAGAUGACGCUGGGCUACAGGUAUUGGUCUGGGAUCGGCGCCAUCGAGGACUGUGGACGCGCUUUGGAGUGGUAUGAACAGGCUGCUGAACAGACUAUGGCAAAGUUCAUGUCUGGUCCUCCUGGGGGACGAACGCUUCCGCUCACACCUACACGAUUGUCGGACAUGGAUGGAGGCGUGUAUGGUCCCGGCGCCAGCGUCGCCUCGACAGGAAUGAACGGCCAACGACCUGCCAUCCGAGCUUUCCGCGCGCACGCCGCGGGAGAAACCUGGGAAGACAUCCUCGAGUACUACAUCUUCCAAGCCGACCGCGGCGAAACCGACUUUGCCUUCCGUCUCGGCAAGAUCUUCUACCACGGCAGCAUCUACGCCGCACAGGGUGGUGCCGCCUCAGGCGGCGAAGGCGUCGCGCGCAUUCCACGCGAUUUCGAACGCGCAUACUACUACUUUUCGCGCAUAGCCCGCCAGAUCUGGCCCACAGACCCCGUCGACCCGCUCUCGCACCGCUCUCCGGCGCGCGAGGAGGGCGCGGGCCCGGUCGGGUACGCAGCGGCAGCGGCAGGGUAUCUGGGGCGGAUGUAUUUGAGGGGGGAGGGGCUGAGGCAGGACGCGGGGAGGGCGAGGAUGUGGUUUGAGAGGGGGGCGGAGUAUGCGGAUAAGGAGAGUCAUAAUGGGUUGGGGAUUAUUUGGAGGGAUGGGUUGGUGGAUGGGAAGAGGGACUUGAAGAGGGCGGUGGGGUAUUUCGGGGUCGCGGCGGGGCAGGAGUUGGCGGAGGCGCAGGUGAAUAUGGGCAAGUAUCAUUUGCAGAGGAAGGAGAUCAAGCUCGCCACGACAUACUUCGAGACCGCACUUCGCCAUGGCUCGCCAUUCGAAGCGUACUACUACCUCGCCCAGAUCCAAGCCCAGCAACUGAAGAUGCUACCGCAAGCAAUGAGGACGGGUUCAUGUUCCGUAGCAGUCUCGUUCUACAAGGUCGUGGCCGAACGGGGUGCUUGGGACGAUGAUCUACUCACUGCAGGCGAGGACGCGUGGAGGCUGGAGACGAAUGCGGGGAGGGAGCUGGCGAUGUUGCGGUGGUGGAUCGCGGCGGAGAGAGGGAUUGAGAUGGCGCAGAAUAAUCUGGCGUAUGUGUUGGAUCAGGGUGCCGUCCUCCGCAACACCCGCUUCAAGACCUUCUCCCCCUCAAACGACACCGCCCGCCUCGCACUGACCCAAUGGACCCGCUCCGCCGCGCAGAACAACGUCGACGCGCUGGUCAAGGUCGGAGACUAUUAUUAUCAUGGGCUGGGCGUACCGGACGAGCCGGAGGAGGUAAGAUACGAGAAGGCGGUGGGGUAUUAUCAGAGCGCGGCGGGGACGCAGGUGAGCGCGUUGGCGAUGUGGAAUCUGGGGUGGAUGUAUGAGAAUGGGCUGGGGGUGCCGCAGGAUUUCCAUCUGGCGAAGAGACAUUAUGAUUUGGCGAUGGAGACGAAUAGUGAGGCGUAUUUGCCGGUGUUGCUUUCGCUUGUUAAGUUGCAUUUGAGGAGUAUUUGGCAUACGGCGAUGGGUGGCGAGGGCGGGCUCAGUUUGUUUGAGUAUGAAGACGAAUAUGGUUCGUCCUUCCUCCCCAGCUAUCAUUUGGUGAUAUAA